UUUGCGCUCCCUCCCUCCCCUUAUUAACGCUACUCUCAUUUUCAAGUCUCUCAACGAAUAAAGCAAAACCCCAACCCAAAAACCCACAAUCAACAACCUUUCACUUCCUCCGCCCCUUUCUUUCCGAAAUUCCCCAUCCCGCCGCUCCCUUUCCCCACCGCCACCACCCCGGUGGUGCUCUCUCUUAACUCCGAUCAGCCACCACUUCCAACACCAUCAAUUCCUCAAAUGGCGGCCUCCGCAGCAGCAACUGCUUCCUCCGACGCGACAGCCACUACUUCUUCAGAGGGCCCCGUUCUUAACCUCAUCAACAAGCGCCUUCGUGCCCUACGCAAGAAAUACAACCGCAUCCUCCAGAUGGAAGAAUCCGUCUCUCAAGGCAAACCCUUAAACAAAGAACAAGAAGAAGUCCUCCGUUCCAAACCCGCCGUCUCCGCCCUCAUCGAUGAACUCGAGAAGCUUCGCCAGCCUCUCUCUUCCGCCGUCUCCGAAGAAAUCUCACUCGCCUUACAGCGUCAAACCAUUUUUCCGGACGAGACAGCCUCAGAAGCCCAACAGGACGAGACUGAAGUUCAAGAGCAACAGCCCAAUGAGCCCGAUCAUGCGGUUGAGGAUCUCCUCAAUCUGCUCUAUUUCGGGUCGAUAUUCGAUGUCAAGUCUCAGAAUGAUUUUACUUCCACCAUGUUGACUAGGACUCACGAGAGAGGCUGUUGCUUGACUUACGAUUAUGUGACCGAUGACGCUACCGAUCUGCUUAGCGAAAAAGAUUUGGAUUUGAUUUCGAUGCUGAGUGGACUGUUGACCUCUCGACCUGCUGAUUCAAGUUUGUCUCACAAGAAUGCUUUGCACCGCUGCCUACACCAUGCUAAACUAUGGCUUUCUAACUCCGACCAGCCCAUUGAACCCAAUGCCGACGUUUCCUAUGCUGGGUUGAGAGAGAGGCUUAACAAGAUUAUGGCUUUGGAUUAUUUUACAACCACACCGGAGAUGAAGGCUCCUGUUGAAGUGGCGGCUGUUGCUGCUGGGACUUAUACCACUUUCCAGGUUCCAGUGCACGGUGUGCCCAUCUCUGUGCCUGUUCAGGCGGAAGGUUCAGUGGGGCAGUACCAGCAGAAGGAGGAGGAUACAUCAAAUUAUCAAGAAGCUGAGACAGGUGACAAUCAAUAUAGUGCUGCAGAGGAACUUCAGAAGGAAGAACUGGAGAUAGAAAAUCAUGCACCAGAGGAUAUUACAGUUCAAGACGAACAAGGCACACUACAGGUGGAUGUGGAGCAUAAUCAGAGAGAUGUAGAACCCAAGGAGCAACAGUAUGUUCCUCGAAGACCCUAUCAGAAUCAAAGAGGUGGUCGUGGUACUGGGGGUGGCCGUAGGGGUUACUCCAAUGGUCGUGGAGGUCGAGGCAGUGGAAGGGGAGGUGGAGCCUACCAGAAUGGUCGCAGCCAAUAUUAUGAUCAGCCUGGCAACUACUAUUCUAGGAACUACUAUAACAACAGGGGAAGAGGUGGCAGAGGUGGUGGCAACCCUUACAACAAUCAUGGCUCAGCAGUGCAGGGUGGUCAUGUGUCAGCCGAUGUUGGUGUGGCUUCAUGACAGCUUCACUCUGUUUAUAGGGUCCGUUUUUAAAGGUGGGUGGUGAAAAUGUAUUUUUUUUUUUUGCUUUGCAUGAAACAUGGUUUGAAUGUGGGUUGAUGUUGAUAUCGUACCAUCCAGGACACCCCAUUUAACGACUUUUUGUAGUUCAGUUAAGUAAGGACUUUUAUUGGAAACAUUGAAAAACAAGAAGAGUUGUAGCAAUAUUUUUUUGGUUUAACAUGCAAUUCUUGUGGUC